AUGGAAGGCCGCGGUUUGACUCUGCGGAGCAAGUCUCGUCGUCAGCGUCCCCAGAUCAGCGCACCCAAACCCAUCUCCGGCCCCUUGCCCGCCAACACCAGAGCCCCCGAUGCUGGUCAGGCUGCCAUCCCCACCAACCGUGAAAGAGCUCCCCAGAGCGAUGCCACCUCCGACCUCGUGAAGCGGCGGUACUCUACCCGAUUCAAUGCAGCUCCCGAUUUCGAUGCCAACGCGCCUCCGAUCCCAGCCCUGCCGCCACCCGUGCCAGGCGGCGGGUAUGGUGGGCUGGUUGCCCCGUCGGCCAUCUCGCGACAGCCAUCCCCAGCAGACGGUGCUUCCCCUGUGCCCAAGGUGGAUCUGAACGCCUUGCGGGAUCCGAGUCUCCCUGUCGAACGAUAUGUGGCCGGCCUCCUGGCCAACGCGUCCGAGGAAGAGAUCCAGAAAUACCAGGAAAGCCUCCGCAAAGUCAAGAACCGAACAUCCACCGAUCUACAGCAGAAUGUCUACCAGAAUCGCACUCAGUUUAUCAAAAUCAGUCGCGAGGCCGAGAAACUCAAGGACGAGAUGCGCACCCUCCGUACCCUCAUGUCCGAGCUCACAACGGCUCUCGGACAAACGUCUGUGGGCAACACUCCGAACCCCAUGUCGCCGACCGAUGACCACUUCCCCAAACGCCAUUCGAACCGUAGCUCGGUCGCAAAUCUCGAAAGCAUGUGGAGCGUUCAAUUGCAGACGCUGUGGAAGACAGUCGAAGGAUCCCAGAAGUUUUUACCGGCGGUUCCGGGACGACACAUCGUGCUAGAAACCGGUCAUUGGGCGGAGCUGGACUCGGCCACCUGGAAGCCCAAGCGGCCCGUCCACAUCGUUCUGUUAAACGACCACCUCCUGGUCGCAGCCAAGAAGCGGAAGCGGGUCGAUCAGAGCCAUCCCAACCAUCGUGGCCCCGUCCCGACCAAGCUCGUUGCAGAGGAAUGUUGGCCCUUGCAAGACAUCGACAUGAUUGAUCUUGCCACCAAUUUGGGCACAGGCGCUGCGAGGGAAGAGGCGCUCGAUCGUGGCAUUGGGAACGCGAUCAGCAUCCGGGUCGGCUCGAAGCCAUUCACCUACCGCCAGGACAAGCGCGACACCUCCACCAAGAAUGAGCUCCUUGCAACGUUCCGCAAGACAGUCGAGGAUCUGCGGCGAACCCUGCGCUCCGAAACCGAGGCAGCCAGCAAACCCCUUGAGGCAUACGGAUACCUGACGGGACGACAUCUGUCCAAUUCGCACAAGUCGGAAUCGUUCGACUUCGGAGACACUCCGCGAGACAAGUCCGAACUUCGGAUUGAUGUUGAUGGAAAGCAGCAGAACCUCCGCUGGGUGGAAGGCCAGGUGGAUGAAUUGGACAUCGACAUUGCUCUCCAGCGGUUCGAGGCUGCCGUAUCUAGCAUUGAACGACUGCGCAAACUAGCCAAGGGACUCAAGGGAAAUGCGAUUGCUCAAGAUGUGAUUAAUGUCAAGGUGGAUGAACGAGCCACGCGGCUAGCCGGCAUGCUCUCUCGCGCCUUGGUGGACACCCAGUCCUUCCCUACUGCCACCAAAACGAAUGUUGGCUGGCUGAGCCGCCUGGGAUUCGAAGAUCAGGCACGGGAAACGUACUUGAAGGCACGAACCGAUGUCAUUGCCAAGCGCAUCCGGGCAUGCGUAUUCGAGGGCGAUCUUCCUCUCUACAUCUUCCAAAUCUCCUAUGUUUACUUUUCAUUGAUCAAAAACACGAUCAGUAUUUACCAGCAGUGCUUCCCAGGUGUGAUGAGCAGUUCCUGUAUCCGCUGGGCUAAGCACCACUUGGAUGGAUUCAAUGGUCUGCUCAGUCGCCAGUUGAGCAGCGUUCAGCGCGGCACUUCCGUCUGGCAGAAAUGCCUUGACAUUGUCCAUGAGCAUGCCGCUUUGCUGAUAGAAGUGGGUGUCGACUUUACCGACCUGGUGGCACGAGGCUUGGAGGAUGGCGAAGAUGGAUCGCGGGUCGUCCAGCCCGAUAAAAUGACAGCCACGCCCAGCGCGCCGGCCAUGAUUUGA